AUGCAAUGUGAAAAAGCCAACGCCAACUGUUCUAGCAUCACGGCUCCCAUGCCUGUCUUUGGGAGUACACCGGCGAAGGUCGGGUUUAUACUUGACUAUGCUGCCGUCUCCCAAGAGGAGGACUCGUUCCUAGAGCACCCCAUGGAUGAGGGCCCUGCUUCUCAGCGUCCAUGGUCACUCAAAGUUUGCAAAUUUACAGAGUCCAACAUCCUACUUUGGACUUACAAUUUUGGCAAGCUUUUACCUCGCACUCAGCUCAGCUCAGGGAUUCGAUUUGCCGUCGGUUUACUGAGCCUACAGAAAGAAGCUACCCGCGCAUAUGCUGUGGAAACAGUCGGACUAGUCGGAACAAUACUCGGUUAUGCAAGGGACGAGCGCCUCGGCCGAGAGAAAAUAACGACGAAGACAGUGGGGGGACCUGUGUUACUCUGGCUGAAUCAGAAAGACCUCGCGAUCGAGGGAUUAAAGCGAAUUGAAACCCUCGCCGGAUCUCUCUCACGAGGACUUCUGAUGAUUUUACAUUACCUGCCUCGGAACGAGACCCGUGCAUCAUCAAAAAGACAGACAGACCCGGGGGCUCGAGCAAUGCCAAACGCAAAGCGAGUGAGAUGUCAUGAGCCGUUCGAUAAGGAUGUAUUCCGGGAGGUCAAAAAGAUCGUCCUAGACGAUGUCACUGAAAAAGAGGAAUCAUACAAAACAGCCCUACAGGGUGUUUCCCCAGAUAAGCCCCUAGAGGGAGAUCAAAACCCAGAGAUGGAAAUUGUUUCUGACGAAACUUCCGGACCAAGCGCCUUGAGUCCUACAUCAUCAGAGGUUGAGGAUGGUCAUAUUCUGGAGCUAGAGCCCCUUUGUAAAAGGGCCGUUGAUCUAGGUCUUUUAGAUCUAAAGCUUUCAAAGGCGAGGCGAGAUAGACCCAAUUACAAAGGACAUCAAUGGCGGCAGGAAGUAGGCAAAUUCGACAACAAGGAAUACUCUUACCAGAUGGGUCCCGAAAACACCAGAAGUCGAUCCAUUAAUGUGAAUUACUGUCGAAUUGGUUUCCAGAAGAACGAGGACGUUGGAGAUGGCACGGUUUCGGUGAAAAUUGAAGUGAAUCCACCUGGUCAGCAGCAUGGAAAGUGUUAUGCUACUGGUGCAUUAGACUCGGAUCCCGCUAGCCGACCAGCUUUUCGCGUUAGGUACAAGAGUUCUCGAAGGGAACAGCAAGAGAGAUACGCUCAUGCACAAGGGCGUAAGUCUCUCUACGCCGCUAACACUCUCGUCGACAUCCUCGUCGACAAUAAGCCAAACGAGAUGAUUACCAAGACUCCGCGACGAUACCUCUAUUUCAAUUCAGAGAGCAAAUUCCCCGAAGAGUUGAAACGAUUUGUUGGAGGUGCUUACACAGAAGACACUUGA